UUCAACCUCUUGCUUUAAGGCAAAAAAAAGGAACGAGAACACCGCGGGAGGAAAGAAAAGAAAAAGACAGAGGGAGACCUCGCUGAAGCAUUUGUGCCACAGCAUCCAUUUCGCUGCGAGGAGCGUGUGAAGCGCAGGGGACGGUGCGCAUUUGUCUCUCAGCCACGGCGCUUCUCUCCUCUCUCCUCUCUCCUCCGAACUCAGUUUCCUCGAGCGGCUGACGGGCGGAAGACACGUCCCCCUCCUCCCCUGCAUUCAUCCACAAGGACCGCAUUUCAUAACAAGCCUAUUUACUUGGAGCCACACCGCGGUUCCAGUCGCACACACCGCAUCUUUGCAUGUGGAGGGGGAUUUGCGCUGCACGGCUCAAGGCGCAAAAAGGGGGGGGAUAUCAGACGCUUCAAGUUUUCCUGGAAGUUGCGCAUUGACAGAAAAAAAACAACAUGGGAAUUUGUGGCCAUUUCACGGUGCCCGGGAAAAGCCUUGUGGUCCUCGGACUUAAAUUGUUAUGCCUUGUACCUGCAGGAGUUCCAGCCAGGAGCGGGGAUUCUGUAUUAAAGGACAACAUCACCGUCAGACAGGGGGACAGCGCCGUCUUAAAAUGCAACGUGGACAGUAAAGUAUCCCGAGUGGCAUGGCUCAAUCGAACCACCAUUCUGUUCGCAGGAACUGAGAAGUGGUCCCUGGACCCCCGGGUCAUCCUGAUGGAAAACACAGCCAUCACAGAGUACAGCAUCAAGAUCCAAAAUGUUGACAUCCACGACGAAGGGCCCUACGUCUGCUCCAUCCUCACAAACAAGAAACCAAAAUCCACAAAAGUGCAUCUCAUCGUUCAAGUACCCGCCAAGAUCACCAACAUAUCAAAGGACAUCACAGUGAACGAGGGCAGCAACGUUAAUCUCAUGUGUCUGGCAUUGGGUCGACCUGAGGCCAGCAUCAUAUGGAAGCACCAUUCACCAAGAGGCACCCAUGCAUUUGUGACGGAGGAAGAAAACCUGGAGCUGACAACCAUCACCAAAGAGCAGUCAGGGACAUAUGAGUGCAUCGCUUCGAAUGACAUCUCGAGCCCCGAUGUCAGGACAGUGCAAGUCACCGUCAACUAUCCACCCUUCAUUUCUAACUCGAGGAGUGCAGGUACUCCAGUUGGACAGAAAGGAGUCCUGCAGUGUGAAGCCUCUGCGGUCCCGAGGGCUGAUUUUGAGUGGUACAAAGAAGACCGCAGGCUCUUCCAUGGCCUAAAUGGGGUUAAGAUUGAGAAUCAAGGUAAACAGUCAAUGCUCGUCUUUUUCAACGUCUCAGAAGAGGACUAUGGAAACUACACCUGCGUUGCCAUGAACACCAUGGGAAUCACUAAUGCAAGCAUAAUCCUUUAUGGUCCCAGUGCAAUCCAUGAUGUGAACGGUGAUGCAGUGUUGCCCGGUCGCUCCGUUUGCCUCCUGCUGAGUGUCACCUUACUCCACCUCCUGAAGUUCUGAUGUGAGAUUGAAAACCUUUGAGCUUCUCUCAGCAUCAAACAGCGAGAACAGACUAUUAGUCCAAUUAGAAGAAUGGAAAUCAAAGAGCGACAGUGGUCCACUUUUAGUUAUCUCGAUUUUUUAUUUUUCUUUUUGGCUUUGCAACAGAGUCUGCUCUCUGUCAGCUCGCGUCUGAGGAAGUGAAAAUGUUGAAUCAUACACUAAUUUGAUGAUGGUAGAAAUACUGAGUUUGUGUCUCCCCAAACCUUUUUGUAUGUGGAAAGGAAAAAAAAAAAAAAUAUAUAUAUAUAUGUAACUGGCGAUAGUUGACUGUUUAUUGCCCAAUAUUGAAGUGAACAUUCAGAUUAUGAUUAUUGUGUCACGUCCUGUUCAAUAUCUGUACAAUACCAUUAAGCUUUUUUUAAGUAAACAACAAAAAGGGGAAAAAUGCAAUGUGAUUGUGAAAUUUUACUGUAUUUUUACAGUUGUAUGCAAAACAGAAUAGAUCAUUCUUGAUAAACAGUUGAUUUCUCAGGCAACGUCCUUCAUCAUAGACCAUCUGACUUUAUAUUUUUGUUGUAGUGUUUGUAGAAAAUGUACAAAUGUGUACAGAUAAUUCCUGCACUGUUGUUUUUUUUCUGCAAAAGGCAUACACUUAUCAAUUGGCAUUUCUGAAACUCCUAAUCCCAGUGUCAUAGCAGCUUCAUGGCAUAUUCAUGGUGAAAGUCUUAAAGCGUUUCCCGCUUAACAUUUUUGUGAUGUUUCAUUUAGGGCGCGAGUGGUUGAGCUGCCUCAUUUUCUCCAGUCACAAUUAAUUUAUAUGAAGUUAAACUGUUCAACUGCCGGUAGUGAGGAUGCAUCAGUGAAGUCUCAUUAAAGUAGGUGGUCUAAUUAUCAACAUGGCACUGAUCUGACUUAUUAUUAAGUGGUGCUGUUGAUUUUAAGUUGAGGAGAACUAAAUUUAAUUUGUAAAUUAUGCAUUAGUAUACUUUUGUUAUUCAGAGGUCAUUGUUUAACACUGCAACUUAAACAAUUGUAUAGUUAUAAUAUAAUUUACCAUGGCUUAAAAAGUUAUGUAUAAAGAUCUGCAAAAAACUCAUUCAUAUUUAACAUAUGAGCCUUGAAAGUAAGUUCCUCAGGCAGCCACAGUGGUUCAGUGGACUUUUAUGCAAUUGAGGCCUUUUUGUUAGGUUUGCAGAGCCAGACAGGUUGCAGCUGAUCAAACAUCAUUAUUGAUUAUUUGUUUUUGUUAAUAUAUCUCUUCAAAUCCUUAGAUUAAAGUAUCAACUACCAAUCAGUUAGAACUUGCGAAGUUAAUAAAUAAAAAUACACAAUAGUAAAUAUUUUUCCCCAGGAAGUAUUUAUUUAUUAUUCAUAUCUGUAUAACCUUUUUUUAACUAAAAAAAUAACUAAUUGUUAUUGCUACUAAUUGUGUGGCUAUGCAAAUGAAAGUAUGCACCGCACUACGCAACUAUAAUGACAAUAGUCUAACUCUGACAAGACUUCAAGCAAACAUUUAUCACUAUUCGUUUAUUAUACAGAAAAAAGUCUUUAAUCAUAUUUCUCAACCGAGUAUACAUUUUUUUUUAAAUUUUCCUGUGAAGUGGUGAAGUAGCUGGAUAAACUAUUUUAUCCAUUUAGAACCUCUUUUUUUGUAAAAUAGGCUUGUGGAGCCGAGGAGUGUUUUGGUAGUAUCAAAUCGAAUCAAAAAUAAAAAUCGUGCACUGCUCCAUUUAAGCCACAGUUGAUACAAACACGAAUAUUUUGUGAGUGACAGUACAGUAAAACCAAUUCAAAUGAAAGUUCCUUGUAGCUGCUAUGAGCCCCCCCCCCCCC